AGUUCACGGGAUCUGUGAUUCUUCUCUGAUCCUUCUUUCAAGAACAUGUGGCUAAAGCGCCUUCGACGUCGCUCUGCUGUUCUUCAUAUCAAAAGUUGUCUUUGUGUUACGUUUUCGGUUCCCAUAUGCUGGGUAUUUUGAUAUGCUGAUUCAAUCUCGCGGCGGUCAUCUGGAAUCGAGCAGCGUUUAAAAGGGACGGUUCUACGGAAUGAAAACUUCACUCCCCAGGGUCUUCUAAAUCGCAUCCUCGAUCUUUGGUUCCUCCCUUGGAACGAUGUACGGUCUUCUUGCUGUUGCUGUCCUCAGUGCGUCUAGUGCGGUGGCAUCACCUCUCAGUGGGAUUACCAGAGCUUGUGGAACGUAUAUCUCCGAUGACCAGCAAGCCGCUGCUGAGGCACACUUCCUCGAGAACAAAGCCACAGCGCCAGCCGAGUUUUUCGCUCAGACGACCAGCAUUAAAGUGUACUGGCACGUUAUCGCCAAAGAUAAUACUACCAGUGGUGGAUACAUUCCUGAAUCUCAAAUCGUGGAUUCAAUCGGUGUCAUGAACACGGACUACGCCAAUACAAGCAUUUCAUGGCUCCUCGCUGGUACUGACUACACGAUCAACUCUGACUGGUUUUCCAAUGUCGGCCCCGACAGUUCCCAGCAAGCUGCGAUGAAGGCAGCCUUGAGAGUCGGAGGUGAAAAUGACCUGAACAUUUACACUGUCGGUUUCACCUCUGGUGCCGGUGCUGGUCUUCUCGGGUACUCCACGUUCCCGUACAGCUAUGACGGUGCACCUCAGGAUGACGGGGUUGUCAUUCUCUUCUCUUCCGUUCCAGGUGGAAGUACCACCAACUACAACCAGGGCAGGACUUUGACGCACGAGGCUGGUCAUUGGGUUGGCCUGUACCACACGUUCCAGGGUGGCUGCACUGGUGCUGGUGAUUCGGUCGAUGACACCCCUCCUGAGGCUUCAGCUGCCUUUGGGUGCCCAACUGGUCGCGAUACCUGUGCUGGUGGAGGUGUUGAUCCUAUUCACAACUUCAUGGAUUACACGUACGACGCUUGCAUGAACCAGUUCACACCUGGACAAGCACAGCGUAUGGCCUCACAGAUCCUCACCUAUCGUGGUAUCACGGUUUGAAUGAGAGAAUGGAUAUUUUUAUUGGACAUAAUCACGGUGUACAUAUAUAUAGACCUAUCUUAGGCGCAUCCAAAGCAUCAGGUUAUUUCUGUCACACUUGUCAUUGGCAAUGGUUGGAUCACGUUUAGACCUGAAGUCAACGAGAGUAUUUUGUCGGUGUCUGGGCAGACUAAAGGGAUAAAAUCGUGGGAUACAUGAGCUAAUGAGUAAAACCUGGAUGACUGCGAUACAGUUCGCUCCAGCUCGCUCCUCUUCGAUAGAAGAGUAUUUUGAAGCCCACAGCCUCAAUCUAUUGACCACAACAAUGAUCAAAAAAUGCGUGUAAUAUAAUGUUAUGAGGCGGUUCGAACUUGAAUGA